ACAGUUCUUUGAUAUGGCAUAGCUUGGCUGUUAUUUGCGUUUGGAUGUUGUUGAGGAAAACAAAGAUGGCGGAAGGUGUGGCGAAACCGCAGCGGGAUCCUCCGCAGGGGAUGGAACCGUUCGAUCGAGGCGCUCUCAGUGAGGAACAACAGGCCAAGCUCAAUCAGUUCAAGGUGCAGACCAGGUUAGGUAAUGAGCGUUAUCUCAGGGAGCAUCCGGAAGUCUCCUGUAUGGUGUCUGGAUUCCUCAGGUACGAACCACCAGAAAUAUGAAGUUGUCUGUGUCGU